CUCUACCCGGAGGUCGAGCCCUUCGCCUCGGGCCACCUCGCCGUCGGCUCGGGCCACGAGAUCUACUACGAGGAGUGCGGCAACAAGGCCGGCAUCCCCGCCGUCUUCCUCCACGGCGGCCCCGGCGCGGGCUGCGACGCGCGGUCGCGGCGCUUCUUCGACCCGGCCGUGUUCCGCAUCGUCGUGUUCGACCAGCGCGGCAGCGGCCGGUCGCGGCCGAACGCCGCGGACGACCUGGCGGGGUCGCUCGUCGAGAACACGACGCCGGCGCUCGUCGGCGACCUCGAGCAGCUCCGCGAGGCGCUCAAGAUCGACACAUGGGGCCUCGUGCUCGGCGGCUCGUGGGGCUCGACCCUGGCUUUGGCUUACGCCCAAGCCCACCCGGACCGCGUGCGGUCCCUGCUCCUGCGCGGCGUCUUCACCUUCUGCGCCGACGAGGUCGAGUACCUCUUCGUCGACGGCGGCACGGCGGGCCAGAACCCGGACGCGUGGGACCGCUAUUUGGCGCACGUCGUCGACGCCGCGCCGUCGCCCGAGGCCGCGGACCUCGCGCGGGCCGACCCGCUCACGGCCUACUGGGACCUGCUCACCGGCGCCGACGCCGACGCGAGGAACGCGGCGGCCGCGGCCUUCGUCGGCUACGAGCUCUCGCUCUCCAAGUGCUUCAUCGACCCGGCGAUCAUCGAGUCCGUGCUCUCGACGCCGUCGGUGCUCAUCCCCUUCGCCGUCAUGGAGGUCCACUACAUGCGCGGCGCGGGCUUCAUGGAGCGCGGCCAGCUCCUGCGGGACGCGAAAAAGAUGGCCGACGCGGGCCACCUGCUCCGCGUCGCGCACGGCCGCGCGGACUACGUCUGCCGGCCCAUGGCGGCACACCGCCUCCUCAAGGCGCUCAAGGCCGCGGGCCUGCCGGACGAGAACGCGGCCUGCGAGUACGUCGCGGGCGCGGGGCACUCCGACACGGAGCCGGGCCUCGUCGACGCCAUGGUCCGCGCGUCCGACGACCUCGCG